UCAAAAAUUUAUCGUAGCGGCCCUGUCUUUCUGGCGCCGCUACCACCACCACCACACACAUUUCAAUUUUCCCUGUGACGCAUCCAUGGAUAGUGUCUCGGAGUUUCCUUUGUUUGGUUCUGACCCAUUUGACAUUACACUUCUCCAAAACUUCCUCGAGGAGGAGGACCCACUUGUCUAUUUAUCCAAUGAUGAGGUACCCAAUGAGCAGCCCCUGCAGCAACAACAUGUUUCUUUUGGUGGUAGGUGUGUUUUCUUGCCGGAUCCAGUGAUUCAAAAUCAACCAAAUGGAAAAGGAGUUGCUAACUGUGUAGCGGGUUCAUCAUCCACCAUGAGGGGUAAGGAACACAUGAUGCAAGAUCAAUUCUUGCAUGAUGGAAAUGAUAAUUUUAUCAAUGGAGAAACAUUCGGUAACUUCAGUCAACCGGAAUUUGAGAAUAUUGGUCCACUCAUUUACCAACAUGAACAUAUGAUGUCACUUCCGCAUUGGCCACCGUCACCAAAGCCAUUCUUUUGCAGUUGCUGUCAAGUUCUUAGACAAAUAAUUCACACCAAUGGUUCUAGGUUUGACAAGCUUGAGAUACAUGGAACGAUAGGGAUGAUUAGCCAUGCAAUAAUCCGGAAUACCACUCCGGGUGAUCCUUCAAGCAAUUAUCAAAUGGUUGAUUUCUGCAACAGAAACAAAGAAGAAAUUAAGAGUUUCCUAAAACAGUACUGUGAGCAGCAAAAUAUAUUCGGGUACAUUAUUAUGGAUGAUCCGUUGUCUGCGUAUUAUGAUGCCCUCAGCACUGGAAUGGAUUGGGCUCAAGAUAUCAGUGACGAAGACGAUGAUUUGAUAUCAGAAAAUGACAUGAAGCAAGAUCAAGAGCCGGAGCAUGAACCUGAGAAUGAAAUGGCUUCAAAUGCUAGACGACUUCAGAGGGAGAGAGUAGCGAAGAUGACAUUGGGUGAUUUGAGCGAUUACUUCCAUAUACCGAUUAAGGAGACAGCGAAACUACUGGAAGUAAGCACUUCUGUGGUGAAGAAAGUAUGUCGCAAGGCAGAGUUAUAUAGAUGGCCCCAAAGAAAGGUGAAAAGUAAUAUGAGGAAGAUCACAGUGCUCAGAAGAGGAUUGGCUAAUCCAGGAACAAGGGAAAAAACUCGAGUGGAAAUUCAAAGACUCCAACAAGAAAUGGUUGAGUAUUGUGGUGGACUUGCCCCAACUGGAAUAGAAAUGCUCCAAGUAUAGUAAGUGAGUCGGAUUGAAAUGUUGCUUGGAGGUGGGUUAUUAGAUUUUUUUAGACUGUUGUUUACAUAUAGUUAGACUUUCUCGGUGGUGAGCGAGUGUUUGUGUGGAUAAGUGUAACUUUUUUUAUGAAUCCUGUAAAGUUAAG